UAACAGGUUAAUUUCGGUAUAAACGUGUAAAUAGCAGCUACGGCGGCCGUGCGGGGUCAGACGCGCUCCGCCUUCGUUGUGAGGGGCUGCUGUAAUGGAGGGGGUCACGGUCGGACAGGUAUUUGAUGCCGAAUGCAUCCUCAGCAAACGGCCGCGGAAGGGGAAGUUCGAGUAUCUGGUGAAGUGGAGGGGCUGGUCGUCCAAGCACAACAGCUGGGAACCGGAGGAGAACAUUCUGGACCCCAGACUUCUGGCAGCGUUUCACAAAAGAGAACAAGAGCGAGAACUGCUGUUCCAGAAAAAAGGAAAGCGGCCGAGAGGUCGACCUCGAAAGAUUCUGCAGCCGGCUCCAGCCGCCACCAAGGACAGCCGCUCUUCGUCCUCCACCUCCUCCGGACUCUCUUCAUCGGCCUCCUCGUCUUCCUCCGAGGAUGAAGAUCCCACGAAGAAGCCGAAGCCGGGUCCUCGGCUGCACCCCGUCCCCCAGAAGAGGCCUCAGAUCAUGUUGGCCAAACCCGACCCGCCUCGUAAGAAGAAGCGAGGCAGGAAGCCGUUGCAUCCGGACCUGAGGGCUCUGAGGCAGGCUAAGCUCCGCCCCCCUGUCCCGCCACUGCCACCGCCAGCCUCUCCUCGCCACCACCAGGCGGUCCGGCGAGACGACCCGCGACCCGGUGUCAAGAAGCCGCUGCAGCCGGCCAGCUUCACCUACACCGGCCUGGGCAGGAGCUCCAGAGACGACGGCUCCCAGACCUCCAGCUCCUUCUCCCAGACAUCAGCCUCCAAGCCCGGGUCCCUCGGCUGCAUCUGGACCAAUCGCUCGCUGUCGUCCUCGUCCUCUGGCUCCGCCCACAAGUCCGGUCCGUCACCACAAAGUAAGAACUCUCUGUCAGAGCUGAAGCGCUCCAUCUCAGAAACAUCUCGAGACGGUUUCAAAGUGUCUCUGAAGCAGGGUGGCGGUUCGCUGGGUCUCCACGGCGGCUUCGGUCCGACGGCUCAUCGCUCGCCGCUGAGUCACAGGCGACAGGACGGCGGUCCGACUGGCCUGGUUCCACACAAGCAGCAGAACUCCAGUCUGUCCAAACCGUCGUCCUCAGCCUCGCCGACACCUCGAGACCGAGCCAACCAGGCGCUGAGCCUCCGAGCCCUCAACCUGCAGAGCGUUAAACCGCCGACCACCAGCCUUCAGGGCAACACCAGCGGCGCCGUGGCCGCCAUGGCGAGGUCCAGUUUACGGAGCGGCGGCAUCAUGGUGAAAGGAGGCGUGGGGAAGGAGGUGCGAACGUCAGGAGGGCAGCGCUCCGGUCUGACAGCAGGCGCCGCCACAGAGCAGAACCGGGUGAAGGAGAAGCUGGCGGGUGGCGGUUCUGGUCGGGGCAGCGGCCGGCAGGACAAACAUGGGCUCAGUUCUCAGAACCGCAACCUGAACGAGCUCAGCACCGGAGACUCGGACGACAGCAGCAGCAGCGAGUCGGAACAGGACGCCGCCAUCUUCCCCGGCAACAGCAGGCCCAGCCUCGGCAACAACGCCACCGAGUCGGACACGGAGACAGACUGGCGGCCGGCCCGGAGCCUCCUGGAGCACGUCUUCGUCACCGACGUCACCGCCAACUUCAUCACGGUGACAGUGAAGGAGUCGCCGACCAGCGUUGGGUUCUUCAAUUCCAGGAAUCACUGAAGGCGCCUCAGCACUCCUCCACAACCGCUCAGGGUUCCUACACCAACAGUCAUUCUUAGCUCCGCCCACUGCGGCACCGCCCAGCAGACGGUUCUUUGGGUCCAGUAAUCCACAGCAGAGAUCAGACCCAAGACUUUGGUCGAGUAUUUGUUGAAGCAGCGUAGGAACCCUGAAGUUUAGACACCGUUUACACCCGACGAGUUCAGUCUGGACAGGAAACAGGAAGUAAAGAUCAGCAGGAAACAGGAAGUAAAGAUCAGCAGGAAACUAGGCAGUUUUGGUUCGAUUUCAAAUCUCGUAUCGAAGCUCAUCCUGUUUAGAUUUCCUCUAAAUUUAUUGAAACAUCAAAGUCAGAAGCCGUAGUACCACAUUUUCUAGUAGCAGCAAAGAACAAUGACCAGUUAAUCUACAUUUAUGGAACUGUUAGCUACAGCCCAGAAAUGACCCUUCGUCAAACCAAUUUUUACAGAAGAAACAGUCUAAAUUCUGUGAUUUCAGCUUCUUACGUAUGAAUGUUUUCUGGUUUCUUUCCUCUGAUCCACAUCUUUCUCCAUUUAAAGACACUUUAGAGACUAGAAAACCAACUGUUCAAUCAUUAUUCAAAAUAGUCUGUAGUUUCAGCUGUUUAAUGAAUCUUAAUCAAACCAAACUCCAUUCAGAAAAGUUCCAAUUUAAAGCCAGACAGAGAAUCAAUCCUGAUUUUUUUUAUCUCCAAUUUGGAUUUAGAUUUUAGAGUCAGGAUGAGUUUCUGUCAGAUGGGUUGUUGUGAGACGUUCAGUUGGAGGUUUUGAAGCUAAACAGAUGAAGACUCUUCUCUAGAGUCUUCAUCUGUUUAGCUUCACUUCAUAUUUCAAACCUACGUUUAUCAAUAAGUCAGAGUGUGAAAUAUGACAGAAUCAAAGUGAAAGUCUCCACAGUCUGCUGAGGCUAAAAUUCAGGAUUCAUUUAUCUGACUGGAUUAAAAUUUGAACUUUAUCUAAUGGAGUUUGGUUUGAUGAAGGUUCAUUUUAGAGCUGAAACUAACAAAGAUAUAUUUUAAAUGUUGAUUAAUCUGUUGAUAUUGAUGAAUUUUGUUACAAAUACAAGAAAAUGUGGUAUUAUGGGAUCUCUGGAAAUCUGAAAUUGAUGAGCUUUGUUCCAGGAUUUGAAAAUAUUUAAAGCUCUAGUUAUUGAUUAAAAUCGUGAUUCAUUCGUCUGACUGGACUUUGAAUUGGAACUUUUUCUAGUGGAGUUUGUUGAUGAAGGUUGGUUCCACGCCUGCAGCUACCAACAGUCUAAAAUGUUGGUAAAUCCGUUUCCAGCCUCUUCUGUGGUGUUUUUGUGACUCCUGUUGGUGCAUCUUCUCAGACUGAGCUGCGUUCAGGUGUCUGAACGGCGUCUAGACCUCCAGAUGGAUGUACGUUCCACCUCUCCAGUGCCUCAGGUUUCCUCUCAGCAGGACUUCCAGACUAUCAGACCCACUGCCACCACCGGCCGUCCUGCUCUUCAGCUCCAGCAGGACGUUUGUGCUCGUCGGACCUGUAAUCAGACUGAAUGUGUGGCUUUGACCAGGGCAGCAUGUUUCCAGUGUUCAGCGUGUCUGUGAUCGGUAGCUUCAUCGUCUUUCCGUUGGACCAAAGGUGAAUGUCUUGUUUCUAAUCGUAUUAUUGACAGUAUUUCUUGCACUACGCACAGUCCAGAUGUAAACUGAGACGUCCAUUAUCACCAUAUAUAUCAGUUUUGUACCAUUUGAAUACGUUCUCGUGUCUUUGAAGUUCAUAUGUGUUAAUUUAUAUUUGUAAAUAAGCUUUUUCAUGUGAUUCUAUCUGGUGCUCAUGUUGGCCGACCAGCUUCAGAUCCUGUAGCCCGCGUGCCUCCAAUAAACCACAAGUUCAGAAAGUC